AUGGACGAAUCUCUACAUAUGAGUAUCCCGAGAUCUGAUACCCGGUUCUGGACCGGCGCGUCCAAGUCUCAAGCCGGGUGCGUGGUGUGCAAGAACCGCCGAGUGACGAGAGCAGGCCGCACUUCACUGCAAGCGCUAUUUAUCCAGCUGGCGAGCGUGCGAAGGCUACGACUCAAGUUCCGGCGCCCAGACGCCACAAGACGAAAGCACUCCCACCACCACCGAGGCACGGGAAAGGAUCCGGGCGCUUCGGCUAAGGACGAGAUCUGUGUCGCCAGCCCUCAACGCGGGAUGUGCCCGCUAUGCUGGGGAACUUUUGAGCCGAAGUUCUGGGAUAUGGUUGUGCUGCAGAUGAGCCAUCGGUAUUCCGCCGUCUUGCAGUAUCUGGCGGCCUUGGGCGCUGUGCUUUCCGCACCUCGGUUGAUCCCGCGGUAUUUACGGGUCCUGCGCCAGCAGCAUGUUGAAGGUGAGGAUAUCGCUGCCGCGCUCGAUCGUUCCUUCACUCGUCUCCGUACACAAGCCGCUAUUCACGGUAGCCGCGGGUCAAACCUUACGACGCCGGAUACAAAGGAUCUGGAGCAUCUGGACCCGAUUCAUGUUUUCUUCUCGGAUAUCUUUGAGAAGUGGAGUGAGGGUACAUCCUGCUCGCGGGUGAAAAUGGGCAGCGAGAGGUAUUAA